AUGAAAUUUAAUAAUUGUAUAAAUUUAAAGGAUGUAAAAAAAAAGAAAAAAAAAAAAGAACAAAAAGGAACAAAUGAACAUUUUUUAUUUGAUAAUGAAGAAGAAUUAGAUAUAAGUGAUCUAAGAAAUCAGAAUAACAAAAAAGUAGAAAAUCGUGUUCAAAUAAAUCAAGAAGACUUAUUAUUAAAUGUACUAAAUAUAAAUAAAAGAUAUUUAGAAGAAAAUGAAAGAAUGAAAAAUAAUGAUAUAAAUAUAAACUCGUAUAUUAUUAUAGAGAACUUAAAAAAUGAAAAAAAAAUCAAAACAUAUUAUGAAUUUUAUAAUUUUACAAAAUUUCAAAAUAUUGAUAAAAGCUAUGAAAAAAAUAACUUAAUCAAUUUUUAUAAUGAUCAAAAUGUUUUUUGUUAUUCAAAAGAGGAAAUUAAAGUUCAGAAAAAUGACUCAACAAGUAUAAGCAAGAAAUAUAAAAAAGAACAUAAAAAAAAAACAAUAAAUAUUGCUACCUCUGAUAUAUCAAAUAUUACGAACUUAAAGUGGGAUAAUUUAUCUAAAAAUUAUUUAUUAGAAUGUUGCAAUGGUAUAAAUGGAAUUAACUUAAAUAUUCACAAUACUGAUUUCAUUGAAAUACAAGACAUCUUUGAUGAAAAUAGAUUAAACAAAAUAAAAAAUAAAAAUUUCUGCUUUUAUAAAGACAUUAAAAUUAAAAAACACAAAAAAGUCAAAAACAUAAACUAUUAUGAAAGUAGUAAAAAUAGAAAUAAAAUUAAAAAUAAUGAUGAAAUAGAAAAAAAAAAUUUUAAUGAUAAUAUUGAAAGUUAUAAUGAAGAAAAAAAAAAAGAAGAGGAAUAUUUUUUUUCAGAAAUAAUAAAUGAAAAUGAUAAUAACUAUAAUAAUGUGAAUAACACUGAAAAUAAUGAAAGUAAUAUCAAUAAAGAAGAAAUUUAUUUGUUAGAAAAAAAAAAUGAUUUAAUUGAUUUAAAAGAGAACAAAAGUUCCAGUGAACAGAAGAUUUCAAAGAGUUAUUCAGGUGAUUUUAUCGAUUUAGAUAUUGACAAAGAAUUUAACUUUAAUGAUGAAAGUAAAAGUGAUAACAUAGAAGAAAAUAUAGAAAAAGGAGAAAGUGAAAAAGAAAAUACAAAAAAAAAUGAAGACAUAUUAGAUAAUAAAAAAGAAUACUCUGAUAGUAUUUUUUCUGAUUUUUCCUUUGACUGCAAUAAUUCAGAUGUAGACAAUAAAAUAAAAUCAAGUAAUAACAAAAAAGAGAAAUUAAAUUAUAUAAAACAUGAUCAAGUAAUAUCAGAUGAGAAAUUAAGUGAAAAGUGUGAUUUUAAUAAUAAUGAUAGUAUUAUAGGAUUGAUAGAUGAUAAUGUUAAUGAUUUAGAAGAAAAUUUAUUUGAUGAAAAUUAUACAUUUUCAAAAAAUAAAAUUCAAAGCAAAGAUUUUGAGGAGGAAGAUAUAAAUAUAAAAUUAAAAGAUGAUGAUAGUAGCUAUACAAAAAGAAAUGAACUGUUUGAUAAAAAUUACAGUAAAUCAAAUAAAAGGGAAAUAACAAAGGACAAUUCUUUGCUAUAUGAUUCCAAUUACGAUGAAAAAAAUGACUCAGCUAAUGAUCAAAAUAAUAUAGAUAAUUUAAAUAACGUGAAUUUACAUUUAAAUGAUGAACAAGAAAUUAUAAAAGAUUUUAAUUUAGAUAAAAGAAGAAAUGGUUUAUUGAAUAAUAUAUACACUUAUAGGAAUUACACUAACAAAAAAAAUGAUUUAUAUUUCCAUGCAGAAAAUGAUUAUAAAAGUAGAAAGAAUAAGGAUGAGUUUGAUUAUUUUAAAAAUAUAUAUAAAGAUUAUAAAAAUUCUUCUAUUUAUAAUGAAUUACAUUUAUUUGGUCAUAACAUUGUAAAUAACAUAUAUAUUUUUAUGUUAUUAAAUUAUAAAUAUAUACGUAAUUACAAUUACAAUAAUUCAAUAUAUCCUUUUAAUUGUGAAGAUUAUUCUGAAUAUGUCUUUAAAAAUAAAUAUUCUGAUAAAAAUAUUUUAUAUGAUGAAAAUAUUAUAAAUGAAAUUUUUAAUUCAAAUAGUAAUAACUAUAAUUUGUUAAGUGAGAAUAAUAAAAAUAAAAAAAAAAAAAAAAAAAAAGAUGAAUAUAAUAAUGCAAUAAUUAAUGAUGAAGAAUAUGAUCAUAAAAAUGAUGAUGAUUGUUCCAUCUCCGCACUAUCUAAUAAUAAUUUCAAUAUUAUUAAUAAUUCAUCUAGUUUAAUAAAUAAUGAUUUGUUUUAUAUGAAUAUAAACAAUUAUUUAAAUAAUAGAAACAAUGAAAAUUAUGAGGAUAAUAUUUAUUUAGAUAAUUUUGCUACUAUAAUGAAAGAUCUGAAUAUAAAUAAUAUAAGAAGAGAAGAUAAAAAUACUAUUUUGCAAAGAAUAAAUAAAAAAUUAUUAUAUGAGCUAAAAAAAAAUACUCAUAUUUCUUAUAUUUUAAAAAAUUUAUUCUUAAAAGAAAAACCUACUUCUGAUUUAUUGUUUAAAUCCUUAAUUUAUCGUUAUGAUGAAUAUAAAUUUUUAAAAAAUGAAUAUAAUAAUGAUAUUUUAAAAUGCAAUGGUAACGUUGAAAAAAAAAAAAAUGGUGAUAUUUUUGAUAGUAAUUAUUCACUUGUUGAAAAAAGUGAAAUUCGUCUACAUAAUACAAAGGAUAGUUUUUUUCAUAAUAAAAAAUUAAGAUUAAAAUGUUUAGAGAAUACAUUAAAUAAAACAAAGAACAUUAUAUUUUUUUCUAAUUUGAAAUUAGAUAAUUAUUAUAAAAAAAGAAAUCCACAUGAAAUAGAAAAUAUGUUAAUUUCUAAUAAUAAUGUUUAUAUUCAUACAAGAAUGUCAAAUGAUUAUUAUUAUAAUUAUGAGCUUUCUAAUAAAAGAGGAAUAAUAGCUUUUUCGAGAUUCCAUAAGUUGGAUUUUAGAACAAAUAUCGAUAAAUAUUUUUAUAAUAAUGCAUAUGAAAAAUGUAAGAGACAAGAAAUAGAGGGAGAGUUUGAUUUUUUAAAUGUAAAUGGAAUGAAAAAUGAAGGAAAAUUAUAUUCUGAUAAAGAAGAAAAGAAUUUUAUUAAUAAGUAUGAUCAUAAAAUAAAUAAAUAUAACUACUUGACUAAUGUAAAUAAUAAUAAUGAUAUUAAUAAACCUUUUGAUAUCUUAAAUAUAUUACUGGAUGACCAGUUUGAUUUUAAUCCAUAUAUAAUAAAUAUAUGGGAAAUAGAAAACAAUUAUGAUAAUUCUGUUACUUCUGAAUAUAAAAAUAACAAAAAUUCAGAUAAUCAAUCAUUUUUAUUUUUUAAUAACUCAUGUUUAUUAUUAAAUGAUGACAGUCCUUUAGUUAUAUUGGAAUAUUUAGAAAAAGACCCUCUAGUACUGUUAAAAAUUGGAAUGAAUAGCAAAUUAAAUCAUUAUUUUAUGUGUAAAGAUGAAGAAAAUCUAUAUUCUUUUGAUUAUAAAAAUAAAUUAAAAAAAAGUGUUGAACCCUUUGGAGAAAUAAAUGUAAUAAACAAUUCUAUCAAUUAUUUAGGUGUUUCUAUUAAAUUGAAGAAAUCAAAACAAAAAUUAACUUUUAUUGAAAAUGAAUUAUUUAAAGCUUUUUUAUUUACCAUUCCAAUAUAUCAAAUUGAUAAUAAGAAAGAACAAAAAUUUCAUGAAAUUGAUAAUUUUAAUGAAUCAAAUAAUCAAAAUAUAAAUUUAAAUGAUAAUAACGUACUACUGAACAGUAACUAUUCAAAUUAUAAUAAAAAUGAUGUUAUAGUUAAUAAAGAUAAUGUUAUAAUGAAUGAUAAAGCAAAUUAUAACACUAUCAAUGAUAUAAAUUAUGAUUUACAAAAAAAUGAAAAAAUCAAAAAUAAUGAUAUGUACGCUUCUUCAGAUUUUAACAAAAAAAUUAAAUCAAAUAACAGUUAUAUACAAAAUAACUAUGAUUCUCAUUUGAAUCAGGAAAACCAUUUCUAUUAUACAGAUUUUUUGCUUGUAAGAAAUUUUUCAAAUAGCAAAUUUAAAUUUUUUUUAAAACCUUUAUACGUUGAUUUAAAAAUGUAUAAUGAAGAAAAUGACAAAUAUGAAAUGAAAAAAGAAAUUAAAGGAAAAAAUUAUAAAGAUAGUAACAAUUAUUCUUUUAAUAUCACUAAUAGUUACAAUUAUUACUACAGAGAAGAAGAAGAAGAAAAAAAAAAAAAAAAAGAAAGAAAUGAUAAUAAUAUGGAGAAUCAAAGUGAAAAAAAUAAUAUAGAAAGUUUUAAUAAUAAUUAUUUUAAUUGUAUUUUUUAUAACGUGGGAUUUUUAGAUAUUAACAUAGAUAUGAUAAAUCCAUUAUAUAAAAAGUACAUAGGGGAAAAAAGAAAUUAUAUAAGAAGUUGGUUAAUAAAAUUAAUUAUCAAAUAUAAAAUUAAAGAUAUUAAAAAAAUUAAAGAAAUUUUAAAGAAAAAGUUAAGUGCUUUUAUCAAUGAAAAGGAUAUUAAUGCUAUUGUAAAAUCGCUUGAUUUUAAUUUUUUGUUAAGUAAAAGCUACUUAGACGAUGUAGAUGAAAAGAAUUAUUAUAAAAUAAAAAAUGUAUGUAUGAUUGAGUGUGUAUAUCAUUAUUUACAGUUAUUUAAAUAUGAAGGUAUAAACUUUAAAAAUAUUAUAGAGAAAGAAGAAAAAUUAAACAAAUUAAUAUCUAUUUUAAAAAUAGAAAAAGAAAGAGCUACUAAUAAUAUUAUAAAUGCAAAAAAGAAAAUGAAUUAUAUCUAUGAAAAAUAUUGUUAUAAAAAAGAAGCAAAAGCUAUAGAUUUUGAUAUAAAAGAAGAAAAUAUUAAAUUACCAUUAAUAAAUAAUUAUAAUUUUGUUGGAAAUUCUUUUUUUGAUAAAAAUAUGCUAAAUUAUUUGUUUUAUAUUAAAUAUCUUAUUUCAUAUUCUCCAUGGAAUUUAUUAAAAGAUUAUAGUAAUGUUUCUAAUUUAAAGAAAAAAGAAAAUUAUAAAUAUGAAAAAAAGAAAAAAAAAAAAAAAAAAAUGAAGAAAAAAAAGGAUGUAAAAUAUGAUGAAGACAAUGAUACACAAGAAGGUGAAGAAGAAGAAGAAAUAGAAACAGAUAUAGAAAAAAAAGAAAAAGAAAAAUUAGAAUCAGAAUCAGAGUCAAAGUCAGAGUCAGAACUAGAAAUAGAAGAAAAAGAAGAAACCGAAGAAGAGAAAUAUGAAGAAAGGGAAAAAGAAACAGAAAGGGCAUCAUAUGAUAUUGAGGAAGAUAGUGAAGAACAUGAAAGACAAAGGGAUGAUAAAAAUGAAACAGAUGAAGAAUCAGAUUAUGAAAAAGAAAUAGAAUCAGAAAAAAAUGAAAAAGAAGAGGAAUCAGAAAAAAAUGAAAAGGAAGAGGAAUCAGAAAAAAAUGAAAAAGAAGAAGUAUCAGAAUAUGAAGACGAAGAUGAAGAGAAAGAAAAUGAAAAAGAAGAUAAAGAGGAGAAUAAUUUUGAGGAAGAUGAAGAUGAAAAUGAUGAAAAAAAAAAAAAAAAAAAAAAAGUUGUAAAAUAUAAUGAAGAAACAGAAGAUGAAGAGAAAAAAGAAAAAGAUAUUAGUUUAAAAAUAAAGAAUAAUGCUAAUAAUAUAAAUAAUGACGAAGAUUUCAUUAGUGAUAACAUACACAAAAACAGGAAAAAUAGUUCUUGCACAAAUAAAAAAAAAGCUAGAAAAAAUUAUGCAUAUGCUAAAUAUUUAUUUAAUCAUAUUUUAUACAAUGAAAAAUUACAACACAAUAAAUUAUCAAAACAACUGAAAAAUAAUUCUACUCCAAUAGAUAAUCCUACUGAUUUUAAGAAACAUAAAAAUAACUUGAUAAGCAUUAAAAAAAAAAUUUUUAUGCAAAAUAAUAGUAUUUUAAAAAGAGAUAUAAAUAAAAAAGGACAUGAAUUAGAGAAAAAUAAAGCGAAUCACAAUUUUAUUAAAAAGAAUAAAAAUUCCUUUUUUAAUACGAGAAUUAAAUAUAAUUUUAGUUAUUUUCAUACUAAAAAGCAUUUGAAUCAGGAUAUUGAUAAAACAAAAAAUAAAAAUAAAAAGUAUAAUCAAUAUGAUGACGAAGAAGAAAGUAAGGGAGACGAUAAUGAAGAUUAUGAAGAAAAAGAAAAAGACGACGAGGAUGAAAAUUAUGAUUAUGAUUUAGAUGAUGAUAUAAAUUUAAAUAAAAAAAAAAGUAGUAUGAAUAAAUAUAAAAAUGGCAAAUGUGAAUUAAAAAAAAAAAAAAAAAGACAUAAUAUGUUAAUUGAUAGAUAUAGUAAUGAGAAAAAAAUUAAUAAAGAUUUUAAAAAUAUAAAAGAAUUCAAUAAAAAUUAUGAUUUUCUAAAUAAUAUUAAAAGUGGAGUAAAUUUAGGAAUUAAAGAUAUAACGAAAACUCUUUUAUAUUUGGGUUUUAAUAUAAAUGAUAUAAAAAAAAUGAAUAGAAACGAGCAAAUAAGUACGAUAAAAAAAUAUAUGAAAAAAGGGGCAUUAAAUAGUGAUAACAAAAUUAUAUAUAUAUCAAUGAUUAAAAAAAUUAUAUGUGAACAAUUUAAAAAUUUGUAUCAUCCUGUAUAUUUAAAAUAUAAUAAUAAUAUUUUAUACAUAAAUGAAAAAAAAAGUUUAUUAAAUGAUAAAAAAAUAUCUAAUUUAUAUAAUAAUGAAAAACAUAAUAAGGUGUAUACACUUAUAAAAAAAAAAAAGAAAGUAGAGAAAAAUAGAAUAAAUUUAAUAAAAAGUUUUUUUUGUGAUUCAUCAAGUGAUAGUCAUUCCUCUCAUACUUCUUCCUCAUCUUCAUCUUUAUCUUCCUCAAAAAAUCUUUAUUCUGAUAAGGAAAAAGAAAAAAAGAAAAAAAAAGAAAAAAAUAAUAAUGAAGGAAAGAAUGAGGAUGAUGAAGAAGAGGAAAAGAAACAUUUAGAAAUAAUACGUGAAAUACAAACAAAAAAAAGUAAUUUUGAAGAUCAUGAGAAUAAUUAUAAAUUAAUUCACUGUCUGAAAUGGACAAGGAUAUACAUAAGAAGAAGUGAUAAUAGCAUAUGUGAAUUUGAAAAUUUUGAGAAUAACAAUAUUGAUGAAAAUGGUAGUAAAAUAAAACCAUCAUUUAAAUAUAGUGAUGAAAAUCUAGAAAAAAUAAAGGAAGAUGAAAAAAAAAAUUAUUCUUUUGAGAACUUAAAAAGUAAAAACAACAUAUUAUUAAAAAAUUCGUUUAAAAAUAUUGAAAAAUAUCUUGUUAAUGAAAAUAAUAAAAUAGAAAAUGUGCAGACUUUAUAUAUAUAUGGAGAGCAAAAUAUAAAUAUCUUUUUAAAAUGGAAACAUUUUAGAAAUAUGUUAAAAAGAUACUUCACUCUUUUAAAUAAUAAAAAAGAUGAAAAAGAAGAUAUAAAUGAAGAAGAAUAUUUAAAAGAUAAUUCAGAGCAUAAACUGAAUUCCUAUAAUGAAGAUAUAAUACAUGAUGAAAAUAUAUGUUUUAGUCAAUUUAAAAAAAGAAAAAAGAAAAAAAAGAAAAAAGGUUUAUCAGCAAGUUUUAAAAACAUACUUAAUAUAUUUCCAACUAUAGGAGAAGAUAUAAAAACGUGGAAUAUAAGUAAAAAUACUCUAGAAAAUAAUGAUUUGAAAAAUGAGAAAAAAAAAAAUAAUAAACCUGGUGAAAAUACUGAUAGCAAAGAGAAAAAAAGAAAAAUUAAUGAAAUAUAUAGUGAUAAUAAAAAUGUAGUAAGUAAAAAAUUUAUGAACACGAAUUACUCAAUGAACAAUAAGAAACAUAACAAAAAUCUGCAUAAUAUUAGUAAAGAUUCUUCCAUCACUGCGCCAAUUAAAAUAACAGCAAAAAAAAAUAAAAUUAGUAAAUCAAAAUCAAAAAGUCAAGGAAGCUACAAUAAAACAAAUACUAUAAAAGAACAUGAAAAAGAAAAAAAAGGAGAUGAUAAAAGUAACGAAGAAAAAAAAUCUCAAAAAAAUCAAAUAAAAAAAACUAGUUCUAUUAACACAAAUGGAAAAGAAAAUGAGGAAGAAAAAAAAACUAAAAAAAAAAGAAAGAAAAGUAAAGAAGAGAAAGAAGAAAAAAAAACUAAAAAAAAAAGUCAUGAAUACAAUAAUAAUAUUAAUUUAACAGAUAAAAGUAUUAGAAAAACUACUAGUUUAUCAGAAGGAAGUACCAAUUCAAAUGUAUAUAACAAAAACGUAGAAGAAAAAAAACGUAAAAAAAUGAAAAAAGGAAACACUUAUAAUAAUAUAAAAGAAAUAAUUGAAAAAUUUAAUGAAAAUUUAUUAAUAAUUAUGAAUGAAAUUUCUCAGGUAUCACACUAUAAACCCUUUUUAAAUGAAGUUAAUGAAACUUAUGCACCAAUGUAUUAUAGUGUUAUUAAAAAGCCAAUGUAUAUAAAUAAAAUAAUUUUUAGGUGUAGAAAAAGAAAAUAUAAUAAUUUAAAUUUAUUUUUUGAUGAUGUUAAUUUAAUUGUUAAUAAUUGUAAACUUUAUAAUACUCCCACCUCAUUAAGUUCUUAUCUUUGUGUUAUUGUUGAUAAUAUGUUUAAAGAAAUUGUAAAUAAAGUAAAAAUUGAUGACAAUUUACAAAAUUAUAAUAAUAUUUUAACAGAGCAUUUUUAUAAAAAUAAAAAUUUCUACAAUACAUGGGAAUGUUUUAAUAUGGAAAAUAAUGAUAUAUGUAAUUAUUCAUCUAAUAGCUUUAAAAAAUUAAAUGAUCUAAUCAUUAACAAUGCAAAACAAGAAGGGUUUUCAAAUAAUUCUAUGCUCUCUUUAGAUAUGCUUUCAGAUGAAACUAAUAAAAAUUCUAGUAUAUUAGAUGUAGAAAUGACUUCUAAUAUAGCAAAUUUUAUGAAUAGUAAUAAUUCUCUUAAUAUGAAAAGUUGCACAUUGACAGAUAAAUUAAAUGAAAGUAACAUAAGUUAUCAAGAUAAUACAGAAGAUAAAGAGGAUAAAAAUGAUCAAGAACACAUAGAAAAUUAA